AUGGCGAAGGAGAGAAGGGUUUGUGUGACGGGGGCGGGAGGCUUCAUCGCCUCAUGGUUGAUGAAGCAGCUCCUAUCCAAGGGCUUUACCAUCCACAGAACAGAGAGAGACCCAAGUAGGGAGUCCCCCAUACUCCGCCUCCUCAGUGGCUUUUAGCUUCUCGUUUUAGAGGGCAACACAUUAUUCUCUCGUUCAUUUAGUUUUAAUACUAAACUUUGACUUAAGGAGCUUUUUACCGGUCUCUGCUUAAAGUUUGUCUUCCAAAAUCCCCAUCUUUCUCUUGCAAAAUGAGCCUUUUGACAAACCUUUGAAAUCUCUCUUGAGGUUUCUUUGAAUAGAGCCAACUUAAAUGAGAUUUAUCAACUCAAGAGUCCUCAAAGGAUUGUGUAUUCAUCUUCAGGUGAUGUGAAGAAUGCCACUUGAAGAGAAUGGAAAAUUUCGGAGAACCUGGAACUUUUCAAAGCAAACAUGCUUGACUAUGAAUCCUUGGCAGUCAGCCAUUGGAAGAUACGAAGGAGUUUUCCAUGCAACCUGUCCCAUCAUUUUGGUGAAAGAACCAGACCUCGAGGUACGAUCACUAAAGUUAAGCUAAAUUUUUUUGUUUGUCACAGCCAUAAUUAAGAAAUGUUUAGUGUUAGAUAAUUCUUCAUGCAUGUGAACCAUUACCAGUGAGUAUGACGGCUCUGUACGUAGAUCGAUCAUUUUCUUUCUACCCUACUCUUUCUUCGAAGUAAGAAAUUUCAGUGUUAUAUAAUUUUCCAUUUAUACGAACCACUCUUGGCGACAAUGAUGGUUCUGCACUUCGAUCGAACCUUUGUUUUUCUUUCUAAAAUCACUUUUUCCUUCUUCUCCACCCUUGUCAGUGGCAGCUAUCACAGAGAAGGCAACAUUUUUGUUGUAUGAGAAUUUCUAGUUGUACUUCAUUUUUACAUAUUUAUAAUGUUAAGCAAUCAUUUUUUUGUGGAACUCAUAUGUUCGAUAUGUCGUUGACUUUGAAGGCUGCCAUAACAAUUUACAUAAUCAUCUAUCCUGUCUCCAGAUUAUCAUGUAA